AUGACGUCGACCGGGACGACGACGCCGGCGACGCGCGCGCAGCGCUACGGCGUGGACGAGCGCUACUGGCGCUGGCGCGCGCCGCGCACGAACGAGACGCACGCGAUACGGUACACGGAGGCGGUCGGCGACGGCGACGGACCGGCGGUGGUGCUGGUGCACGGAUUCGGCGGGAACGCGGACCACUGGAGAAGAAACGUAAACGCGCUGGCGGCGACUGGCAAGCGCGUGUACGCGAUCGAUCUGCUCGGGUACGGGUACAGCGAUAAACCGAAUCCGAUGCUGCGAGAACAGAACGAGAUAUACUGCUUCGAGACGUGGGGAAAGCAGAUUGAGGAUUUUUUGGACGAGGUGGUGGGGACGCCGGCGUACGUGGCGUGCAACUCGGUGGGCGGCGUCGCGGGGUUGCAAGCCGCCGUGGACGCGCCGACGAAGGUGCGCGGGGUGGUGCUGAUGAAUAUCAGCCUGCGUGGAUUGCACGUGAGCAAGCAGCCGGCGAUCAUUCGACCGUUCGUGAAGGCGCUGCAGCGAACGCUUCGAGAGACGAGCGUGGGAAAGUCCUUCUUCGGUUCGGUGGCCAAGGCGCGGACGGUGAAGAAUAUCUUGUGCGAAGCGUACGGAGACUCCGCGCAAGUCACGGAUGAGCUCGUGGAGGCGAUUCUCAGUCCGGGAUUGCGCGAAGGCGCGGCGGAGGUGUUUUUGGAUUUCAUCUCGUACAGCGGCGGUCCGCUGCCCGAGGAGUUGUUGCCUCGAUGCGACGUCCCGGUGCGCAUGUUCUGGGGCGAUAAAGAUCCGUGGGAGAACAUCGACCAAGGGCGGAAACUAUACGCGUCGUACGCCGAUAAGUUCAUCCCGCUCCCGGGCGUCGGACACUGCCCGCAAGACGAGGCCCCCGAGCUCGUCAAUCGUUUGCUCGUCGAGUGCGUGGACGAGUGGGAGGCAGCGCGCGCCGCCGCCGCCGCCGCCGCGUAG